AUGGCUGAGAAGAAGCCUAACAUCCUCUAUAUCAUGGCCGACCAGAUGGCGGCCCCCUUGUUGGCUUUCCACGACAAGGACUCUCCCAUCAAAACUCCCAACUUGAACAAGUUGGCGCAGGAAGGUGUUGUCUUCGACUCCGCCUACUGCAACUCGCCGCUUUGCGCGCCGUCGCGGUUCGUCAUGGUGACCGGUCAAUUGCCCUCCAAGAUUGGCGCCUACGACAACGCAUCCGAUCUGCCCGCAGACACCCCCACAUACGCCCAUUAUUUGCGCCGUGAAGGCUAUCAUACCGCUUUGGCCGGUAAAAUGCACUUCUGCGGCCCGGAUCAGCUGCACGGAUACGAGCAGCGGCUGACCAGCGACAUCUAUCCGGGUGAUUAUGGCUGGUCAGUGAAUUGGGAUGAGCCGGAAAUCCGUCCCGACUGGUACCACAACAUGUCUUCCGUCAUGGAGGCGGGUCCCGUGGUGCGCACUAACCAACUGGACUUUGAUGAGGAGGUCAUCUACAAGUCGACCCAGUACCUCUACAACCAUGUGCGCCAGCGCAACGACCAGCCGUUCUGUCUGACCGUGUCCAUGACUCAUCCCCACGACCCUUAUGCCAUGACUAAGGAGUUCUGGGACCUGUAUGAGGAUGUCGACAUUCCGCUGCCUAAGCAGGCGGCCAUCCCGCACGACCAGCAGGAUCCGCACUCGCAGCGCGUACUCAAGUGCAUUGACCUCUGGGGCAAGGAGAUGCCCGAGGAGCGUAUCAAGGCGGCCCGUCGCGCUUACUACGCUGCCUGCACGUACGUCGACACCAACGUGGGCAAGCUGCUCAAGGUGCUCGACGACUGCGGAGUCCGCGACGACACCAUCAUCGUCUUCACCGGCGACCACGGUGACAUGCUUGGUGAGCGUGGUCUCUGGUACAAGAUGGUCUGGUACGAGAACUCGUCGCGUGUGCCGUUCAUUGUGCAUGCGCCAAAGCGAUUCGCACCCAAGCGGGUGAAGGAGAACGUGUCGACCAUGGACCUGCUGCCGACAUUCGCAGAGAUGGUGGGGGCACCGCUGGUUCGCGAGCUGCCGCUGGACGGCGUGUCGCUGAUGCCCUACCUGACCGGCGAGGACGGCGUCAAAACCAACACGGUGUUGGGCGAGUACAUGGCAGAAGGCACACAAUCGCCAACGGUGAUGAUCCGGCGCGGCCGCUACAAGUUCGUGUACUCGUUGAUUGACCCACCCAUGUUGUUCGACUUGGAGGCCGACCCACAAGAGCGGGUCAAUCUGAGCCGUGAGCCGGCCCAGCUGUUGGCAUACUUUACUGAGGAGGUGCACGCGCGGUGGGAUCUGGAGAAGAUCCGCGAGGACGUGCUGCGGUCGCAGCGGCGUCGACGUCUCGUGUACUCUGCCCUGAUCCAGGGCACUCCGUCGAUCUGGGACUAUGAGCCGCGGGUGGACCCCAGCACACAGUACGUGCGCAACCAGGGCAAGGGCGCACUGGACGAUGUGGAAUUGAUCUCUCGGUGGCCGCGGGUGCUGCAGCAGGCUGCGACGGCAAAAGGGAUGAACGUUUGA